AUGGAAAGAUGCUACAAAUUCAGUACAGACCGUCAGCCUUUCUAUAUGGCUGAGGAAUCAUGUCAAGCUCUUGGCGGACACUUGGUUUCCGUACAAAACGGCUUCGAAAAUGCCAUGUUGGCGGAAACGGCUUCAUCACAAAAUCUGGGCAGCCCUUUUUACAUUGGUUACAAUCGCAUGGUGAGUAGUGGAUGGACUUGGAUCGAUGGCUAUAAUGCCUCCACAUUCACAAACUGGGGACAAGGUCAACCUGACGCAACUUCGCAAUGCUCAGUUGAGGCCCUAAAUGGAACAUGGUACUCGGUGAACUGCGCUUCAUCUCACCCUUACGUCUGUGUAUUUACGUCCGACAUCCCACCGACCACAUGUCCCACAUGUCCAGCCGCUCCUACGUGCCCAUCAGCUCCGGGUUAG